AUGGGGUUCCCAUCUGUCGACUGGCAGGGCCUCGUUCUGCCCGUCGCCUACCUGCUCGUGCUUGGCGGCACCUUUGCCGCCUUCUCGACCAUCUACCGCCGGCGCAAGGCCGUCCAGAGUGCCAGCCUCAGCCCGUGGUUUCCGCCGCACCUCCAGCGCAACGUCUACCUGUCGCUGCUGCACAUGGAGCCUGAGCCGGGAUCGGACAAACCCCAAAAAGUCCCCGACACUGUGCUGCGCGCCGCGCUGCUGCGCCGUGCUGUUGAAGACAUCCACCGCAUCAUCCAGAUCCGCACCGGCAAGCAGGCCUGCCAGUCGCUGCUGCAGCGCGGCAGCGUGGGCGACGACCUGUGGCAGCGGUUCCUGCGGGCCGAGAAGGAGAUGGAGGACGAGCUGCGCGACGUGGUGAUGGAGGCCAACGCGCUGGUGCCCAACUGGGGCCAGAUUAUUUUCCAGACGGCCAACGCGAUUGCCGCCAACGAGCUGCUGCGCACGAAGCUGGAUGCCGUGCAGGACAAGGCGGCCGCAGAGAAGGCGUGGUGGGAGAAGCGCAAGCUGUCGAUGCCGCCGUCGGCCGGUGGUGAGGCCACCGCGGCCACUCUGACCGAAGACGCAAAGGGCCCGUCUUCGCCGACGGGGGCGAGCAAGACCUCUGAGGACGACACGGUGCUUGUGGACACGCCUUCGGCGGCAACUGCACCGGCACCGACCCCGGCAUCAACGCACCCAACGCCGAGCGGCAAGAAGAAGAAGGGCAAGAAAUAG